AUGGCUUCGCCAGAUACUGAGAAGCAGCCGCACGCGGAGGAUAGGGGCGACUUCCAGGCGACUCCGCUGGUGAACGCUGACAAGCUGGCUCGCCGCUUGUCGGGGCGCCAGGUGCAGAUGAUCGCCAUCGGUGGCACGAUUGGAACUGGCCUGUUCCUCGGGACCGGUGAAUCUCUUGCUACGGGCGGUCCAGCUUCGAUGUUAAUCGCCUACGCUAUCUGCGGUGGCAUCGUCUUCGUCACGAUGCUCUGUCUGGGCGAGAUGGCGGCCUUUGUGCCUGUGGCUGGCUCCUUUUGUACCUUCGCAGGACGCUUCGUGGAUGAUGCGCUGGGCUUUGCCUUGACGUGGAACUAUUGGUUUAAUGAUGCAGUAUCCACGGCAUCUGAUAUUAUUGCUCUGCAGCUUCUAUUAAAGUAUUGGACUGAGAAUUUCCCCGGGUGGGCCAUCAGCCUGAUCUUCCUAGUUGUUGUCAUUGCACUGAAUCUCCUUUCCGUGCGUGUCUAUGGCGAAAUAGAAUAUAUUCUGAGCUUGCUGAAAGUCGUUACGAUUGUGAUCUUCAUCAUACUGGGCAUUGCCGUCAACGCCGGGGGCAAUAAAGAUCAUCGAUAUAUUGGAGGUCAAUACUGGACCAUAGGAGAUGCACCCUUUGUUGACGGUAUCGGCGGGUUCGCAUCGGUCUUCGUCACCGCCUCAUUUGCAUAUGGCGGCACCGAGUCCAUCGCAAUUACCGCUGGUGAGACUAAGAACCCAGCCAAGACCAUGCCCAAGGUCGUGCGAAAUGUCUUCUGGCGGAUUGUCCUUUUCUAUCUCCUGUCGAUCAUUAUCAUCGGUUUCAAUGUGCCCUACACAUACCCUGGAUUAUCAGACGGGAAUACGAAAACCAGCCCCUUCACCAUUGUCUUCCAGGAAGCCGGCAGUAACGCUGCGGGAAGCUUCAUCAACGCCGUGAUCAUGACCUCCGUCAUCUCUGCAUCCAACCACGCCCUCUUCGCCGGUACCCGACUUCUCUACUCCCUCGCGGUGGACGGCUACGCACCCCGCUUCUUCAGCAAGCUCAACCGAUUCCAGAUCCCCUGGAUCGCAGUGCUAGCCACCUCCGUCAUUAGCGGCCUCUGCUUUGGCGCAAGCUACAUCGGGGCCGGCCAGCUGUGGUCUUGGCUCCAGAACAUCGUCGGCGUCUCCAACCAACUCUCCUGGAUCUGCAUCUGCCUCGCGUCUCUUCGCUUCCGCGGGGCCAUCCGUGCGCAAGGCAUCGAGCAUCUUCUCCCCUUCAAGAACUGGACCUACCCCUACGGACCCGUCCUCGCCAUGGGCCUCAACAUUGUCCUCGUCCUUGUCCAAGGCUGGAAGUGCUUCAGCCCCGUCUUCAAGCGCGUCGAUUUCGUUUCAUACUACAUCGAGAUCCCCAUUAUGAUCGUGAUGUUUCUGGGCUGGAAACUGGUCAAGCGCACCCAUUUUGUCCGCUCGGCCGCGAUGGAUCUACACACCGAUCGCUACGAUGGCGGCGUGGACGAUGACCAUGUACCGGGGGAUGUCGUGGAGCCGGAGAAGAAGGGCUUUGUUGCUCAGUUGCAGCGCGUUGGGCAGUGGCUGUUUUUCUAA